AUGACACAUGUCAGACUACUUCCCCAGGCAAUUCCUCGCGCACUGCGAGUUAGCAGCCACGUUAGUGGUGUCACCGGGAGAUGGACAUGGUGCCCUGUUGACGCGUACACGCCUUCAAGGCAUCGUGCGCCUCUCUUCGUCUCACCAGCCUGGACAAGCUCUCGGUCGAUAUCUACAGCCGAUGCCUCGACCAACUCCACGGCAGGAAAUCUGUCCUCAAGCACAGCUGCAGAAAAUGAAGAGGAGAAAUCAAAGCAACCCCAGCCCAGACUGUCUGGCAGAGAGCUCAGGACAGCCAUGUCCGGCCUCACGAUACCAGAAGGUCAACCUCCUCAAGUCCGCGCACGUGUCCAAGACCUCAUCUGUUUUUCCGAGUGGAAGAUCUCCCAUGAUGGCAGAGGCCUCUCACGCAAAUAUCUCUUCCGCAAUUUUGACGAUGCAUGGAAAUUCAUGACCAUGCUCGUAGAUGAAUUCAGGGCCAAGAAACAUCACCCCGAUUGGACCAACAACAACAGAAAGGUCAAAAUCAGGUGGACUAGUCAUAGUCCCUCUGGCGUCACCAUGAAAGACGUGGAAAUGGCCGAGCUGAGCGAUGAGAUUGCCCACUCCAUCAUGCCGCAGAACCGGGAGUCCGUGUAG